CAGGGAUCUCGCUACUGUAAUCUCCAUUUUGAAUGUUUUUAUGGUUUUGGGUUUUAUGGCACGCCUCCUUUCUCACGACCGAAGACGAGUAAAUUGGCUGGAUUACCCAGACGGUGUUAUGAACCCGGACUAAAACACCGGAUUAUAUCCGAUCUGCGAUCUUUCUGCACAGUUAGCGGGCUUCCUCGUGAACCGCGGCGGAGGCUUUCGUGUUGUUGUUGUUGUUGCUAAUCGCGGCAACGUCUAACCAAAACAAUGUCAAAUGAUGCAACAAAUCAAAACGGGAACGUGUAUAUCAACAGCAAUGCAAGAUGGAUCAAGGAGGACUGAAGAGCGGCGCCAAGAGAGAUGAUUAUUUGAAUACGUUGGAUUACAGCAACGGCCCGGUCGAGGGAAUUUCACGGAGCGGGAUACGAAGCGCCAUGUCUGUCGCCCCCACCUCGCUGGUUCCUCCGCCCAAUCCGCUGAUGCAGCCGGUUUCCGGAGACCUUCCCAAUGGCUUGAGCAACUCGCCCACUCUGGAGGAGCACUCCACCUCCGUGUCCUCCUCCUUUGGCAUCUUUGGGGAAGAUUCGGAGCUCAAAAUGGUUGGGAAGGAGCUGAGGCCCCAUCAACACCAAACCCUGGGAGCUUUCACGUUGGGAGACAGCUUCUCAAGUCUGGAGGCCAGCAUCGCAGACCUCAACAGCACUUCCCCUUCAGUGGACUCCCUGAUUGGUGGAAUGGACCCCAAUCUCUUUCCUUUAAAAACAGAGGAGUAUUCUCCCUUGGAUAAUGGCGAUAUGGACCUAGACCAGGAUUCCUUCGGGCCCAUCGGGAAAGAUGUCGACGUUGGCAAUCAUAAGCUCUUUAGUGACAACACUCUGGACCUCCUGCAGGACUUCGAGUUGGACGGAUCGCCCUCCGAUUUCUACGGGGCGGAUGACGCGUUCCUCUCCACCAUAGGUGACGAUGCUCUGCUCGGAGACUUGCCGACAAAUACGGAGAGGGACUCGAAAGCCGCCGUCUCGGUGAGCAACGGCGCGACUACCACUCCGAGCCCCUCCGUCACCGCCACCGUCAGCUCGCCCAGCGUGAAGGUGGAGAAGGACUCUAUAAUCCAGCUGUGCACUCCGGGGGUCCUCAAACGGGAGAACAGCGGUGGGAGUAACUACCACAGCACACCCAUUAACAUCUGCGGUGUCACCACUUCAAGUGGACAGAGCUUCCUAUUUGGGACCGGCCCAUCCGCAGCUGCUGUCAGUCAGCAGAAAGAUCAGAAGCCCGUCUUUAACGUGUUCACCCCUGUGACCUCUGCAGAAGACGGUUGGGGCAGGGGCCAGGGCUUCGGGAAUGCAAGCGAAAUGCAACAGAGGGCCAGCGAAUGCUUUUCCCAAAACUACACAAGCCCCUAUGCGAGACCUGAAGACCGCACUGCCACAUCCUCAGCUGCUGGGAAGUCCGGCACACGUAAGAGCUGUCUUGUGUGCUCUGAUGACGCUUCAGGCUGCCAUUAUGGAGUCCUCACCUGCGGAAGCUGUAAAGUCUUCUUUAAGAGAGCAGUUGAAGGGCAGCACAAUUACCUGUGCGCUGGACGGAACGAUUGCAUCAUUGACAAAAUCCGCCGGAAGAACUGCCCUGCCUGUCGUUACCGCAAAUGCCUCAUGGCAGGCAUGAACCUAGAAGCCCGUAAAACCAAGAGGGGGCAUCAACCCGGCAAGGUAAUCCAGCAGCCGUCUAUUCCAGAGCACAGUCUUCCUCCGCUGCCUGAACCCCGGGCACUGGUGCCCAAACCCAUGCCCCAGGUGGUGCCCACCAUGCUGUCACUGCUAAAGGCCAUCGAGCCGGACACCAUCUACGCCGGAUACGACAGCACCAUACCUGACACCUCCACCCGCCUCAUGACCACUCUGAACCGGCUGGGCGGCCGGCAGGUCAUCUCUGCGGUCAAAUGGGCCAAAGCUCUGCCAGGGUUUAGGAACCUUCACCUGGAUGAUCAGAUGACCCUCCUGCAAUGUUCCUGGCUCUUCCUCAUGUCCUUCGGACUUGGCUGGAGGUCAUACCAGCAGUGUAAUGGAAACAUGCUGUGUUUCGCACCAGAUCUGGUCAUCAAUGAAGAGAGGAUGAGGUUGCCCUACAUGAAUGAUCAGUGUGAACAGAUGCUGAAGAUCUCCAAUGAGUUUGUGAGACUGCAAGUGUCCAACGAGGAGUACCUGUGCAUGAAAGUCCUUCUGCUCCUGAGCACAGUGCCGAAGGAUGGUUUGAAGAGCCAGUCAGUGUUUGAUGAGCUACGAAUGUCUUACAUUAAAGAACUGGGCAAGGCCAUAGUGAAGAGAGAGGAGAACUCCAGCAAGAACUGGCAGAGAUUCUAUCAGCUCACUAAGCUACUGGACUCCAUGCAUGAUAUGGUGGGAGGACUCCUGAACUUCUGUUUCUACACCUUUGUGAAUAAAUCCCUCAGCGUGGAGUUUCCCGAAAUGCUGGCGGAGAUCAUCAGCAACCAGUUACCAAAAUUCAAAGCUGGUGUCAAAUCGCUGCUCUUUCACCAGAAGUGAAGCGCCUCCUCCCAGCGGCAGGACACGAUGCCUUAAAACAUCCACCCGUCCCCUCACCCCCACUCCAGCGGGACAGCAGAGGCGCGUGAGAGCGCUGAGGGCCGGGACCGUGUGCCGGGUUGCACAUGACUGACCACAG